CGAAAGAAGAAGAAACCGGCAGAUAGGCCAAGCCAAAGCAUCUCUCUCUGAUUUUGGUUGAAAGGAGCGAAAUGAAGAGCUGUGAGCUUUGCGAUUUGGUGGCAAGGACUUAUUGUGAAUCGGACCAAGCGAGUUUGUGCUGGGGCUGUGAUGCUAGAGUGCACGGAGCCAACUUCCUCGUGGCGCGGCACGUGAGGUGUCUUCUCUGCCACGCGUGCCACUCUCUUACGUUGUGGAGAGCCGCCGGUUCCAAGCUCGGUCACACGGUCUCCGUCUGUGAGAUGUGCGUCAAUGGCGGUGAUCGAGAGGGCAGAGAAGCGGAAAAUGAAGAAGACGAAAGAGCUGUUUCUGAUAACGACGCGGAGGAGGACGGAGACAAUCAGGUGGUGCCGUGGUCCACAGUUGCAAAUACCCCUCCGCCGGCUUCAAGUUCAUCUGGUAGCGAAGAAUAUUCCGUUGGCAGGAGAGAGGACUGUAAAUCAACAAAUUUGUUUCCGUUGAAAAAAUCGAGAGAAAAUGCUUCAGAUCUUCGUUAUCAUGACGAACUGGAUCCAUUAUAUCCUAAACGGAGAUACGGUUACCGUACUGUUUCGUCGACUCCGUGCAGAGUGGAGGAUGAAACCGUCGACGAGGCCGUUUCAGUUGAUUCUAUAAGGAUGUUAAAAGAACAGUUGAUCAAACAGGACGAUGCCGUUCAGUUACUGUCCGAUUCGAGUGAUUCGACAGACACGGCGAGUACAUAGUCAUUAAGGA